UAUAAACGAGAGAAACAGGAUACACAUCUAUCAUAACUGUCGCAAAAUAUUUAACUUUGAGGUAAACGUAAAUACACCUUACAUAUCAUUUUAAUUAAAAAUUGAAUAUUGAAACCGGCUCUUAUUUUGUGCUCGCAGUAAGCUUGCUCUUGGUAUAAAAUGAAACGAAUCGAGCCAUCGAACGACCGACGUUUUAAGGCGAUAAAGUAAAGGUAAAAGCCGGCUGUGAGCUGUGAGCGAUGAUGCGGUGCAUCAAUGUUUCCAUGACGACGUUUUUUUCAGCUACCAACUUUACGAAUGGAAGUUAUUGCUUAUAUACUCGUGUAACUCGCGAUAAAUAAUAUUCAACGUGUAAUAAUACAAUAAUAGCGCUUUAUAGUCACGUUCUACGUAAAUCCUCUAUUUAAGCAAAUGGCGACAGCGAUCAAAGAACGUUCAAUUCCUGCUACGGACACACUGGUCAAGUAUGAUACUCCAGUUUCGGUUACGACUCAUCCAGAGAAGAUACGUAAGGAACCAGCGAAAAUUGGUAUAGCUGCUUGCAAAAUUCCAACAAUCUCAGCUCCAGCUGAUGCACGACGAGAAACCACCGAAAUUUUAAAUAGAAUUUUACCGUCGAAAGAAUGGGAGGAGGAUGGCCAGAUAUGGACUCAGCGUGUAUCGAGUACUCCUGCAACGAGAUUAGAUGUGAUAAAUUUACAAGAGCAACUUGAUAUGCGAUUGCAACAAAGGCAGGCCAGAGAAACUGGUAUUUGUCCUGUUCGUAGGCAGCUCUAUACACAAUGUUUCGAUGAAUUAAUACGACAAGUAACUAUAAACUGCGCCGAACGUGGAUUACUUUUACUGCGAGUACGAGACGAAAUCAAAAUGACAUUAGCUGCGUAUCAGACAUUGUAUCAAAGUAGUAUCGCUUUCGGGAUGCGUAAAGCACUGCAAGCCGAGCAAGGCAAAGAAAAUUUGAUUAAUACAGCCGAGGAAUUGAAACUACAAAAAAUUGAGCUGGAGAGAACAGUUGCGGAAUUACGACUCAAGUAUGAUCAAUCUGAGAAAAGAUCGGCUGAAUUAAGGGAAGCGGAGGAAAAAAAACAUACGGAGGAAGUGCAAUUCCUUAAAAAAACAAAUAUACAAUUAAAGACUCAAUUGGAAGGUAUAAUAGCAUCAAAAAAGUAACUGCAGAUAAAAUUUUCAUUUAAAAUAAUUUAUAAUGUUUACAAUAUAUAUUAUCCAGAGAAUUACGUAUGUGUAGUUCUUUUGUGCAGUUGGUGAAAGAGAGGAGAGAGAUAAUUAAUAAACUUUAACGUAACAUAGUAUAACUAUUAAACAGGAAUAAAGAUACAUCACAUCUCAAUAA